CGUUGAUGACGAAAAUAAUAUUGCCUGGAAUGGUCAAUCAGCGUGUGUGUGCCUAGGAAUUGUCAGAUUUGUGUCUUUUCCUCGUAUUGCUGACCUUACUGGAGGUGAAAAUGUGUUGCCAAGGUGUUGAUAAGCUAUGAAGUCCACCAGUGUUGUCAGGUAUCCAGUCCCAGGUGUGACUUUACACCGGGUUGGAUCAGGUUUAAGGUCACAAGGGGAUGGGGAAGAGCAGGCACCACCAAACACACAAGCUUCCCCUGAGACCACAAAGUCCCUCAUGCAGGCAUCCCCUAAACCCCCGAAAGGCUCAAGGGAGGCAAGGCAGGAGAAGGAAAAGAUGAAGGAGGAGAAAGAAAAGAAGGACAAGUGCACCAAGCUGGACCCUCUUCCUCCUAUGAUCCAAAAUGAGGGAGGCAGCAUGGCAAGUAAUAAACCAGUCCAGAAUAACUUACCUGAGAUCAUUGAAAUAGCCAGCAAGCUCACCAAGGUCUCCAUCAUGUCUUCCCCUGACUCCCAGCUGCUCAAUGCUGCACCAAAGGACUUGGAUGCAAAGAAGAAAAUCUUGCUUAUACCCAAGGCUACUACUCGCUUAGGCAUCAGUGGUGGCAGCACCCGAACACCAGCAGCAGGAGCAAGAUCAAGAGGAAAGAGAGACCCCAGAUUUGUUCCAUUUGAGCCAUAUAAAGGAUGCGUCAAGCCAAUCCAACUGAGGAAGAAGAAAAAGAAGAAGGGCGGUUGUAAACGCAAGAGUAGUGAGAGGAUGGAGGUGGAAGGAGUGCUAGAAAAGGGGCCAGUGGAAGUUGGUGCAGGAAGUCAGGUCAUGAUCAAAGAUGCUGAGUUAAAGAAUGCAGAAAAGCUGGGCAUCUUAGUGAGGGACUUUGAGAAGGAGCGUGCAUCAUGGGAGGAGAGACUCACCUCCCUUUCAGCUGACAGAAAGACCCUGGAGGAGCAGCUGACUGCCCUGAAGAAGGAGAGAGGGAAUCUAGAGGGUCAGCUCAAUGUGCAGUCACAGGUCAACACUGAGCUCAAGAGGCUGCUGGUGGCAUCAGUGGGGGAGGAGGUGCAGGGGCGGGUGCAGUGCUUGACUGAGGACAAGGCACGCAUGGCCUCUAUGAUCCGCCACUACUCAGAGAAGGUGGACCGUGACUAUGAGGAGAAGGAACGCAUUGGCAUACAGUGUGAUGUGUGGAGGUCCAAGUUCCUCGCAAGCAGCAUGAUGGUGGAUGAGCUGGUGGGAAUGCGUGUGACUCUCUCCCACAAGCUGGAGGAGGCAGAGGAGGCCCUGAAGGUUCUGCUGGCUGAACAUGAUCUAGCACGCCAGCACACACUCAAUAUGUACAGGAUGAACAAACAGCUGCGGGAGGCCUUUGACCCUAUGGCAGCCCAGAGUGGUGGCCUGCCUCUUCUGCCCUCCGCUGAUCUUGUCACCCUAGCUGUGGAGGGGGAUGUGCUGGCUGAGACUGUGAGGGACCGCUUGCUUGGAGAGUUGGGACGUUCGGUUGGGUGCAACAUACCCCUUGCUGGCCUGGAGACUUUCACCCCUGGCCAGAAGAUUGCUACACAGUUGGUGCAUCAGCUGGAGGGCCUGCAUGGAUCUGCUGGUGUUGGGACUGGUGGUGGUGGUGGCAGCAGUGGCGGGAGUGGAGGCGAGUGCAGCACUGUGUGUCCUGGCCGCUCUGCCCUCCUCCACCGCUUCCACCCCAAUACACGCUAUGAACACCUCACUGUUAAUUGCUGUGCUCACUGCAAUGGAGAGAUCAAGGUGGUGUGAGUGUGAGUCUCACUGUUAACUGCUGUGCACACUGCAACAGAGAGAUCAAGGAGUGUGUGUGUGCGUGUCUGUGUGUGUGUGUGUGUGUGUGUGUGUGUGUGUGUGUGUGUGUGUGUGUAUCAAUAGCAGAUAAUGGGGUAAGGAUUUCAUUGUGUUACUUCAAGUGUUUUAUAUAGUACUUGGAUGAAAAUCUUUUAGUAUUCGGAUGCAGGUUAUGCAAUUUUUAGUCUUCUUGGUCUGAAUCUUAAUUGUUCACUUUACACUGGUACAUUCCUUCUUACAUUGAUGUAUAAGUGGCUUUUUGGAACUGUUCUACUUAAAAAUUGAAGUGCUACUUAUACAUUCAGGUAGUCUGAUGUGUAUAAUUUAUAUGGAUGAAAGAAGUGCAGAUGUAUUUAAGAGGUCAUGGUGUAGGGAGCUGAUAACCUUAUUGCUCAUCAUGGAUGGUCAAGCAGCCUCUGUCUGCUCUUAGAAUACUGACAGAAAUACAGGAAGAUUAGUAGGAGGGAAGAAGUGGAUUAAAAUUAGGAUUAAGUGAAGGAAGUUUUUAGGAUGCAAGAAUAUCCACUAUCUAUUUCUUCCACAAACCAGAUAGCAGAGCCUUGGUGCUUUGAAGAGUUAUUGAAAACUAGGUUGGUACAUAGGGUUGUGUAGCAUGUAAUUGUGACUGACUUGUGAUGAUUGGCUCUGUGGACCAGUUACCUAGAUAGUGAUUCUCUCCUGUUUAUUGUAUUGGGGUGGGAGAUGGGUAGGAUUAGUUAGUUUCCAUGAUAAUUGCAUUGAUAAAUAGACUGAAGGUUGUGAUGGUAAAGUUGAUAAUGUUAUAUGUAAGUUAUGAUGAUGAAUGAUUUUGGUAGUGGAUAUGGGAGGAUAAGUGGUAGUUUGUAAGAGAGAGAGAGAGAGAGAGAGAGAGAGAGAGAGAGAGAGAGAGAGAGAGAGAGAGAGAGAGAGAGAGAGAGAGAGAGAGAGAGAGAGAGAGAGAGAGAGAGAGACUGGUAUAAUUGUGUGUGCAUGAAAGUGUGUGUGGAGGCAGGGUGGGCAGGUAAACCAUGUAACACUCAAAAAGGUUGGCAAUGCAUCUCAUAAUUUUCAUGGGGAAUUAUUACAUGUUCCUUGGUGAUGCAUGAAAUCUAUGUGGUCAUAAAUGUUCAAGUUGUGAGUGAGUUGUGUUCUGCCUUACACAUGUACAUGCAUAUCCUUCACUAACAUGAUGAAAACUGAAGCAUCUUCCAGAUCUCUGUGAAGUUAUUUAUAAUAUUUGGUGCAUUUAGAUCAAAGUGGCAUGAGCUCUCUGCCCUGAAAGUACACUUCUUCAGUGGUCAGGUAUGCAGGAUCAUUAUUAAAUGCAUGUAUGUAUUUCCUUAGUUGACAGUCUUGGUGUUAGUAUUUAUGUAUGACUGAUGAGUUUUUUCUUUUAAAUCUGUGGUAUCAAUUGUAUUCUGUCAGUCUUAUACCAUAUAUUAUCACUUCCUUGGCCAAAUCUACUUCCCUACUAAUACUCAUGAAAGAUCUCUCCAAAGAAGUAUUGUAUCAUAUUUUCAGCUCUCCUAGACACCUAGACAUAUGACCUAAUGCCAAUGCUCUCCAGUUACCACUUCAUUCCUGGACUUUCAAUCCAUUGUAUUCAUCAGGCAUUUUCAUAAGUCAAGUUUUUUUCUUCCCUGUUUUUAUGCUCAUAGCACAGAAAUCUGUUGCCAGUUGUGUGAUAAAGGCUUGAAGCAGUGAGAAAGGGUAGAUGGUACACAUAAAUUUAUGAAAAAUGUCUUUUGGGUAUACACUGAAUUGGUAAAGUUAAAAAUGAAGUUGUGUGGGCAAUGUUAUUAUACAAGGUCAUAGUGUGUCUAAGCAAAGUUUCAUACUGGCCACCUAUUGCUUCAAAACUUUGAGAGGUGGAUGGAGAGUAAGAGUUUGAUAUUCACUGUCUAGCUGAUGCCUGCUCCCUUCAAGUUGUUAUUGUUCACUGCUUGACCACAAGAGGAGUGCAUGGCUAUCUUUUAUAAGCUGUUUCACUUAACAAAACACAAAAUUUUAUGUUCUUUUUCUUGUACAACAUGUUGGCUACAAAGCUGAUGUGAUAAACAGUACCCAUGUGGCUACUUCAGAUAAGAAAGUGGUGACAGUGUUCCUGACUGACUGACAUUUACUUGACCAUGGAAGGGAGUGUUUGCAGAAUAGUUUAAAAUGCUGGCUUGUAAUGCCCCCAGCAAUCAUCCCUGUUACUCAGUAGCAGAACUAUUUUUGUCUAAGCAAUAUAAGGUUCAUACUGUUUGUAUAUAAAAGAUACUUCAGCAAAUUUUAUAUAUCACCUAUAUAUAUACUAUAUGGAAUAAAAUAUUUUAUUAAUA